AUGCCUCGCCACUAUAGUAAUCAUCGUCUUACUCGCGGCCAAGCUAGUGGUUCUUCUGAUCCUUUACAUGUCCGUCGUAUUCGUCAACUCGAACGGGAAUUAGUAAAUAUGAGAGAAGAACGUGAUUCUUGGAUGGAGCGAGUAACCUCUAACGUUUCUGACAAUUACUUUCAUGAAAGUCGAUAUGACC